AUGAGGAGGGCAUAUAGACAUGUGCUCGAGACACUUGAACCUGUGACUCAAACCCCCACACGCAUAAGCGAAUCCGAAGAGGAAGAUGACCCAGAAGAAGAUGGUGAGAAGGCGGAGAGGGAGAGAAAAACAAGGGAGGACAGAGAGAGAAAAACAAGGGAGGACAGAGAGAGAGAGUUGAAAAAGAGAAGAGGGAGAAGGCGGAGGGAAAAAGAGAGCAGGCAUAGAAGAAGAGGAAGAGAGAGGAAAAGAAAAAAAGCAAGAAUUAAGAGAAGGCAGAGAGAGCUGAGGGAGAGAUUAGAACGAGAAAAGAGGGAACUGGCUCUACAACAAGAGCCAGAGGAAGAAAGUGAAGAAGAAGAAGAGGAUGAAGAGGCUGAGGGAGAGGGGGAGCAAGAGCCUGAGAGAGUGGUGCCUAAGCACAUUUAUUUACACACACCCACCCCCAGUGCAAGCAAAACUUCUAGCCCAGUUGGUCGAGCAACAGGGGCUAUUGAACAAGAGGUGCACACCUUGAAGGCUUGA